AUGCCUGGACCUAUCCGAACCGCCUUGAAAGUCGACCUCGACAAGCCGGCUAAGGACCAGCCAUAUCUGCACAACAGAUGGCACCCUGACGUCCCCUUCUGCGGCACGAUCAAGAACGGCGAAACCGUCAAGAUCGAAUGUCUCGACUGGACCGGCGGGCAAAUCAAGAACAACGACAGCGCCGACGACGUGAAAAACGUCGACCUGACCCAGGUGCACUACCUGUCCGGCCCAUUCGAGAUCGAGACGGCCGAACCAGGCGACGUGCUCCUCGUGGAGAUCCAGGACGUCCAACCGUUCCAAGACCACCCAUGGGGAUUCACGGGCGUGUUCCACAAGGACAACGGAGGCGGGUUCUUGGACGAGCUGUAUCCUGAAGCCGCCAAGGCAAUCUGGGACUUUGAAGGCAUCUUCUGCUCCUCGCGCCACAUUCCCGGCGUGCGGUUCGCGGGCCUAAUCCACCCAGGCAUCCUCGGCUGUGCGCCAUCGCACGAGAUCCUAGCGGAAUGGAACAAGCGGGAAGCGGAGCUGAUUUCGACAAGCUCCCUCAAGCGGGUGGUCGCGCAACCCCCGGAACCCAAGAGCGUGCACGCGGGCUCUGCGGAUGAAGCGACAAAAGCCAAAGUCGGGAAAGAAGGCGCGCGCACCAUCCCCGGCCGACCCGAACACGGCGGGAACUGCGACAUCAAGAACCUGUCGCGCGGGAGCAAGGUUUAUCUACCUGUGCAUGUCAAGGGGGCAAAGUUUUCCGUUGGAGACUUGCACUUUUCUCAGGGUGAUGGCGAAAUCUCCUUCUGCGGCGCCAUCGAAAUCGCCGGCGUCAUCACCAUCAAAUUCGAGGUCAUCAAGGACGGCCAGGCCAAGCUCGGCAUGGUCGGAGGCAAAUCGCCCCUCUACAUCCCCGGCCCGGUCCAGCCGCAGUUCAGCCCUGGCCGCAUGUUGUAUUUCGAGGGCUUCAGCGUCGACGAGCACGGCAAGCAGCACUACAUGGACGCCACUGUCGCUUACCGCCAGUCCUGCAUCCGGGUCAUCGAGUACCUCAGGCGCUUCGGGUACAGUGACUAUCAGAUCUACCUUAUGCUGAGCUGUAUUCCUAUCGAGGGCCAUGUGGCGGGAAUCGUUGAUAUUCCCAAUGCUUGUACCACCAUCGGCUUACCGAUGGAUAUCUUCUCCUUCGAUAUCUCGCCCUCGGCUGAGGCCAAGAAGAUGGAUCUCGGGGCUUGCGCAAUGGCAAGCAAGUAG